AUGGCCUUCAACUUCAACUGGUCGCCGCUGACGGCCGACGCCGAGUUCUAUCAGCGCGCCCGCGAGAUGCUCACAACCGCCCUGAACAAGUCGCCGAAGCCGCCGAUUAUCGUCGAUGACAUCCUCGUGACCGAGUUCAACUUGGGCUCCGUGCCCCCCGAGCUGGAGAUUCUUGAGAUUGGCGACAUUGCGGAGGAUAGAUUCCGAGGAAUAUUCAAAAUGUGCUAUUCUGGCGACGCCUUCCUGACGUUGAAGACCCGGGUUCAGACGAAGCUCGGUGCCGCGGCUGCGGCAAUGACUUCACCAAUGCCGCACCCCGACAAACACGCACAAAUCCAACCCCGACGCAUCCCCGUUCCAGCGCGAGCAAAUCCACUGAAUACCUACCUAUCUUCUAAGCCAAGCUUCACAUCGCCCCAGCCAUUGGCGGCGGCAUCGGGGUUGACAAUCCCGCUGUCAAUCACCUUGUCCGAGAUCAAGCUCUCGGCUUUCAUCAUCUUGGUGUUUUCCAGGACGAAGGGGCUCACCCUGGUUUUCCGGAAUGACCCGCUAGAAUCGCUUAAGGUCUCCUCGACCUUUGAUUCGAUCCAGUUCGUGCGCGAUUAUCUGCAGCGGACUAUCGAGGCCCAAUUGAGGAAUCUGAUGAUGGACGAGCUCCCCGCCAUCAUUCACCGCCUGUCUCUCCGCCUGUGGUGCCCCGAUGCAGUGCCAAAGGACGAGGAUGCGUCCAAGGAGAACACUGAUGAGACCGUAGUGGACCCCUUGGCUAGCCCCCCAUUAGACCCCGUGGAUGCGAAUGGCAACCUGCUCGAUGCGAACGACGUGUCGUCACUAUCGUUAGAGGGCGGCCCAGAGGUCCAAUCACUAUUCUCGCAGAAGAACCUGCUGAGACUAGCUGCAUUGAACGACUCUCAUCGCACCUGCUCCCUCUUUACGCCGGGUAUCCGCGAUGUGGUUUUCAGGGCUUGGACCAGACCUGCAGCGUCUGAACCAAACAGUACCCCACCAACCGCGACCCCUAGCUUGUCCAAGACGAACUCGUUCGCUGGGACGUCGACCACGUACACAUUCUCUGACACAGGUAGCGCAGCCCACGGUCACCUGCCAUCCCGGCCAUCCAUGGUCAGCCUUAACUCGGCGACCACCGGAUUGUCUUUGGGAGCUGGCAUUAGAUCGAAAUCGUAUUCAGGCCGGAAGAAGAAGAACAGAGUCGUCAACCUCCGUCGCACCCACAGCGAGGUGUCCACACCAGAGGCAAGCGACACUUACUCGGAUAUAGCGUCUGAUUCUGCUUCCGUGGCAGGUCCUUCGACCGAACCCCUCACUUCCUGCUCCAUUGCGGAGGAUCCUGAACAGGAGGAGGCCCUGGCAGAUCUGGCCAAUUCCACGCCGAGCAAGGUCCGCUUCAGCCCCGUCGAGAGACCCCAACUCCACUCCCGGCCUCCUUUGCAGCCCAACUUCUACGCUCCGCCCACCGAGGCUCCCAGUGCGCCUAUCAAACUCGAUAGCGCCCUCAAUGUGGAGACUACUCCGACGGCCCAACAGCCAGCCGACAAGGCUCGGACUUAUCCCAAUGAGAAGGGCGCUGCUGGCGAGAACUCGACUGUUUACGAGCAGGCCUGGAUCAUGAAGAUGGCUGGAGAGAUUGCUCGCCGUGUCUAUGACGAGAAGAACCGUCAGCAACAAGGCAUGUGGGACGAGAGGGAGGAUGUUCCUCCUCCGGCCUACGAAGCCUCAACCUAA